GUGGAAAAUAGAUACUGUAUGUGGUCCUUCGUCCCAAAAUGGCCGUCUACAUGUACUCUUCCCUUUUCCCUGAGUCAUCGCGCAAUCCAUUCGGAAUUACUCCACCCACGCUGUGCACCAAGUGUGUCUAUCAUUACCGAAGGGCUGAGUCCAAUCAGAAUGGACGUGUCGAUCCAGUGGAACGACAGAGACUGAAAGUGGAGCUUAAGUCAUCUACUGAGCUACAAUGUAGGAAGAGAGAGAAACGGUGGAAUGGCAGGCUUUAUGUAACGGAUGCUAAGACUAAUCCUGGGCCAUUGGCCACCUACAGCAGCCUCCAGGAUAAACACCUGGUUGGCUACUUCAACAACUCCCGUAUGCGCCGUCACCUCCGACGCUCCGGACUCGUCACGCGCAAUGGCGAGAUCAUCACAGAGAAUUCGUUCCGUCUGAACAUGGCGCGCAAGGAGCAUCAGAAGCACGUCCGGGACCUGAUGGCCCAGGCUAUCGUUCACAAAGCCCUAGACAUGGAGAGACAUCGUCAGUCACAGAUUAAGAGGAAACUGGAGGAGAUAUCAAAGGUUGAGCUGGUUCAGCGAGUCAGGAGCACAAGAGGGCGUAAAGGGGAUGAGGAUAUCACACCAUACCUGUCUCCAAGAGCACCUGGGGCAAGACCCAAAUCUGCUAAGCAGGAACGUCCACGCUCAGUAGUAUCUGGCCAUAGACCGGCCACUGCCCCAUCAAAACAUGCAGGAGCAUCUAAAAAGAAGAGCUCAGUGUACGUUGACCAUGAAGGGUUCCCCGUACACAGAGACCAAGCCUGGGCGGAAACAGCCUCAGACUCAGAUGAAGAAAUCGACUCUCAGAAUCUACGGGAGCUGGACCCCUACAUCAUGAACAACAUCACCCUCAACAUGUCACCCGAGGAAAGACGAAGCAACUCCCCCUACAAAGUGGACCUGACUCUCCCCCCAGAGCCUAGACCUCCUACCCGGGCACCACCGGGGUCCAGGAAGACACCAAGGGUCUCAUCAUCACGGAGUGUCAUAACAAAGGAUGGACGCAGAAUCAGACCGAAGUCUAACAAGGGCUCCCUCUCUUUGCAUCGUAAGGAACCUGCUUACCCUCACGCCGCCCAGCAACAGACUCUCUGCGACGUCACAAUCAAAUACCGUGGCAGUAACCUGAAGCUGCAGUAUGAGAGACAGGACAAGCGAGAUGAGAUCGUCAUCAAUCAACAGCACUGUGGAGGAGGGAACCUUGUUGUGUUUCAUGGACUCGUUGAACCUGGAACCGAUCUGGUCUUUACAUCUCGACGUCACCGUGGCUACCCGUUCAGUCUGACUUUCUUCUUGAACCAGAUCCAGGUUCUGCGUCUCAGUGCAUGCUGCGAGUACAAAUAUGGCCCUGGGGUACUGCUAGGAGGGCGCAAGGGGCACUUCAAAUUUGGACGUGUCGACGGAGGUUCCCCAUGUUACAAAUGCAUGGUUGAAGCAGAGCUGGCACGCAGAGAACGCCAGCGCUACAAGGACACCCAGACUGAAGAGCCAAAACCAGAGCCAGAACCCGAACCAAUCCUGGAGAGUCAGGGCACCCAAAGUGACCCUCCACCUCCAGAGACAAGGGACCAGAACGAACAGGCCGAAGCUGAUGAAGAAACCAAGGAUGCAGAGGGUGGCUAUGACGAUGAAGACUUUGAAGAGGAAGAUGGAGCCCAAGCAGACUCUGAGAAAGAAGAUGCUUCAAAGACUGAAGAUAAGAACUCAGAUCAUUUCUUUUCCGGUCCGGAGUCAGAUACUGAGCAGAAGCAACCAGAUGAUGUAGACUAUGACGCAGACUCAGACUUUGAGGUGGAGUCAAAUCACGGGAAACAGAAAGAGGAAGAGAAAGAUGAGGAAAUCAAAGAAGAGGUCAAGGAAGAAGGAGAUGAGGAAGACGCUAAGAAGGAGGCUUCUGAAGAUGAGCCGAUUCAUUCUGAAAUAGAAGCAGAUGAGGACAGUAAAGAAGAUGAAGGUGCACCACAAGAGGUACUGAUGGAGGAGGAGGUACCUGAGGAGAAGGAAGAACCCAAAGUGAGGGAGGAAGAACAAGGUACCGAAGCUGGGCGUCAGAGCUCAGCCUUUGACAGUGAUUCAGAUAGUGAUGGAGAAGAUCACAACAAAGUGUUGUCGUCAAGCUCUUCUAGUUCCUCGGAGGAUGAGGCAGAUCAGAAAGCGCCAGCCACCAUCGUGACUUCUAGCUCAGAUUCUGAUUCGGAUGAUGAUGCAGCAGGCAGGAAGACUAAGAAGGUUGAGGAUGAUGUUAAAGAAGAGCAAAUACCAUCCAAGGAUGAGGAGCACGAUUUUGUUAGAGAGGAAGUGGAAGAUACUGACAAAGACGUCCAGGCCUCAGCAGAGGAAGCUAUAUCAGUAAAGGAUGAUGACGAGGAUACAAAUACUAAGAAGGUGAAGCAGGAGGACGACAUUAAAGAAGAGGAAAUACCACCCAAAGAUGAGGAAAAGGAUGUUCAAAGAGAGGAAGAGGAAGAUAAAAAUGCUGACAAAAUCCAGUCCUCUGCAGAGGAAACCAUCCCAGCUGAGGACGGGGAAGAGGUAGAGAGCAAAGAUGAAGAGAAAAAACCUGACUUACGGGCGCACCUUAAAGAUGUUGUAAACUUUGACGAUAGCGCUGACGAUGACGUGCAGGCAAAUCAAAAGAGGGACCAGCCGUUAUCUUCAACUGUAAAUCCUGAGGACACUAAGACAGACAAAGAGGCAGAUGAUGACAUCCAAGAGGAGAAUAACGCAACCAAAGAGAAACAGGAUGGAGACGACAAGGAGGAAUCCGAAAAAGAGGAGAAAACUUUUGGUGAUAAAAUAAAGUCCAUGUUCGGUUCAUCUGAUUCUGACUCCUCCUCCUCCGACUCUUCUUCUUCUUCAUCUUCUGAUUCAGACAGUGAGAGAAAAAAGAAGAACAAACACAGAAAGAAAAAGGGAGAAGCAAAGAAAGAAGAUACACAAGUCCAUGUUGAAACAAAAUCAGGCUCCGAUUCUAAAAAGGAAGAAAUUAAAGCUGAGAGCAAAGAAGAAGAUGCAAUAACUCAAGAUGACUCAAGUAAAGAGGAUGCGAGUACGCUCGCAGAAGUUGACCAUUCGGAAGAUGAAAAAGAGAAGACAGAGGAUGCCAUCAGUGCAGACGAGCAGCCAGAGACUGGUGCUACGAUGCAGAAGGAAGAGAAAGAAGAUAGGGAUGAGGAUUCUCAAUCGCAAUCUGAGAAAUUAGUAAUCGAUGAAGAAAACGAUAACGAUAAGGAUAAAGGUGAUACAGUCUCUCUUGGAAAAGAUUCAUUGUCGGAAAACAGGAACGAUGCUCAGACCAAGGAUGACACGGAGAUGCAAGACAGUGAUACUGAGAAAGAAGAUCAUCAAAAAUCUGAAGAGCCUGACCAGGAUGAGGCUUCGCAGUCUCAGUCUGAGAGAUUGGUUGACGAUGAAGAAAAAGAUGAUACAGCCUCUCUACAGAACGACGCAGCUUCGGAAAACGUAGAUGAUGGGGGUGUGCAGACCAAGGAUGAUGAGGAAAAGUCGGAGAGUGAUGUUGGUAGGUUGGCUCCUCAUGUUUUGAUCGAGGAGGCUACUUCAGAUGAGGAGCAGAAAGAGGACGAUCAAGAUGCGGACAACAGCACUAGUGUAGAUAAAGAGAACAAAAUAGAUGAAGAUGAUGAAAAGCAAACGACAGAUACAGAGAAGGAAGAUGUGCAUAGCAACAAGGAAGAGGACAACGAUGCUGGUAGUAAUGAAAAAGAAGCUGAUGAGGAACAACAUACAACGGAAGACGAGGGUGCAAUGGGGAAGGAAGAGGACUCUAAGGAGGAGGUUCAAGAGAAGGAGAACAGAGAGCAAAAUGAGGAGGUUGAAGCCAAACAAGAUGAGGUCAAGGAUGAGGAUAAGACUGAUGAAGGACCAAAGGAGGAAGUGAACCCCGAGGGUAGUCAGAGCUCUCGCUCAUCUGCCUCGGAAUCUGGAUCCAUUGCUACUGGUCUUGACAAGAAUUACAGAAUUUUAAAUCUCAAUGCUAAGAACAUGGAUGAGAGGAAAGCUGGGAAGCUGGCCAAAGCACUGAAAAAACACAAGUAUCGCAACUUGGAAUACCUACUGUUACGUGAAAACUCCCUGACUGAUACAGGUUUAGCAACAGUCAUCCGAUCCCUCAUUGAGAGGCACAAUGAGUCAACGAGUGCAGACAGCACCCUCAAGCUGACUCACAUGGACCUCGGCAACAGCGGCAUGGGUGAGGAGUCUGCAGCCGAGCUGGCCAGACUCUUGACCCUUGACACGCCAUUGCGUAAUCUCAACAUCAGCGAGAAUGAGCUUUCAACGGCCGCGUGGGCGUCCAUCAUCGACCAUAUCAAGCGUAACAAAUCGCUGGUCACAUUCAGCGCGGAGUAUGCGCACCUCAGCGACACUAGCUGCGUCAUGCUGAUGGAGGCGUUGUCCGAUCACGAGAAACUAGAGGAGCUGAACAUCGAGGGGAAUGGGCUUGGGGAGAGAGCCGGGAAGGCUGUGGCGCAGCUCGUUAAGGAUAACAGCAUCAUAAUCUCGGUGAACUUUGAACGAGAUAACUCUAUUUCGCCACAGAUCUUGGCUGAGGUAAAAGAGAUUUUGGAGACAGGGUCUUAUGUGCCUUAGGAAGUGCCUUAUUCAAUCCCUAUGUACCUGAAAAUUUCACUUCGUCUCACAGCAAAAAGAAAGAAAAAACAAGAUAAAGAUCUGCACCAUUUUGCCUAGUUACAUUACUUGUAAUUCAAGCUGUACUGCUAAAUUUGACAAGUUUUCUAUCCCAAAAUCAUCAACUUCAGAGAAUGUAGGGGCAGGAUUGAUAUUAUGUGCAAGAAAUUUAAAUUGGAACUUAAAUUUUAAUAAGUAGUAAUUUUGUGUGUGAACAUUUGUGUACUUAUUAUUUUUUUAAAUAACUUUUAUUCAAAAUUUUGUUCUGGAAGUGCCUGAUUAUGCUAGUGGUAAUGGAUUAUAAAUGGCAAACAUACUAAAGAUGUAGAAAUCUAAAACAAUGUGCCUUGGAAUAGUUGUACAUUUUCUACCUAAAUUUUGAUUGGCCGAAAAGCCAGAAUUUCUAAUGUACGCCAUCACCACUUAUAGUACAAAAUGAACCCAUUGUCUUGUACAGUACUGACCUUACUCUACCAACAUUAACUGGUAACUUAAAGGAACACAUUGCCUUGGAUCGGUCGAGUUGGUCUUUGAAAAGCGUUAGUAACCG